GUGGAUCUAUUCAAUUAUAUGAACGUAAAGUGAGAGAUUCAAUCACAAUAGAACAAUCUUCAUCUUAUAAAAUGAAAAAAUUCUAUUAUUAUAUUUUAAUUAUAACAACAUUUAAAAGUAUUUUUAUUCAUUUAACUAAACUAACUAAUAAUUUAUUUCAUACAUCAUGUCAUAUAAAUUCCCCACGUCGUAUACGUAAUCUUGAUCAACAAACUAUAAUGUUAAUGAAUAAAAAUUCUAAACCAUGUUGUUUACCAAAUAAAUGGAAAUCAAAUUUCUAUGUUAAAACAAUUAAAGGUGGAAGAUAUUUUAGUCGUUUAGAUUAUGGUACAUUUUAUAUUGAAGAACAAUUUAAUAAUAAAUCUAAUAAUGCAUUAUUAAUUAUUGGACGUAAUAUUUAUUCAACAGAAUUUUGUAAUUUUAAUUAUACCGAUCAUUCUAUAUUAAUUAAACAUUUAUGUCCUAAUGAUACUAUAAAAUGUUUAGAAAGACCAUUCCUAGGUGAACCAAGAUGUAUUACAGAAAAAUAUGGUUAUAUAUUAAAAAAAUCACGUUUAUAUAAUGAUAAAGAAAAAAUUAAAGAAAUAUGGUUUAUUGAUAAAUAUAAUGAAAUAUUUGAUUAUAUUGAAAGACAUUUAUAUCAUAUAAUACGUCAAUAUGGUUUAUGUCAAUUAAUACGUUAUCAAAUACAAUGGGGUAAAUAUACAAUGCCAUGGAAAAAUUGUAGAUUAUUUAUAAAACGUGAACAAACUUAUAUACCAAUAAGUGGUACAUUUCAACAUCAAUUUAAUCAAUCAUUUAUUGAUAAUUUAUUAUUUUGUUAAUAAUUAAAAUUAUCUAUUUAUAUUUGUUAUCAUUUAUAGAGGAGUAUAGGCUAUUCAAUCAUUGUUUUUUUUUGUUGUUGUUGUCAUAUCUGUUACCCCCCUCCACCCAGGGUAGAGUUAAAAAUCGUUUGAAUUAUAUUUUUUUUUAUGGUUAGCGUAUUGUUUUUUUUAAUCAGUUAGUUUUUCUUAUGGGAUUGUAUAGCUAACCUCAUGCUUAACCCUUCUCUUUUAUCUGGGUUUCGAACUGGCCAAAAUUCUAGAAGAGUUAC